UUAUGUGAUUGCAAGGGAUUUGAACUCAGGUCCUCCCCAUGCUUGCAGAACAAGCACUCUUAUUGAGCAGUCUCUCCACCCUGAGUGUGUUUUAUAGUACGUUGAAAAGUGGGACAUGCCACCGUGGCUGUUAGGCACUGUAGUCCCGUGACUUGGUUUUUUAAUUUCUCCUCAUCUGUUGGCUGUGUUUGGUUGACUCUGGUGCUUGAGUGGGCUUGGGCAGGCAUCCGCACGGUUGGGUGGCCUUGUGGGUUUGGGUGCUGAAGGCAGAACCCAGUAUCUCCGGCAUGCUAGGCACACGUAGCAUCCUCAUGUCAGGCCCAGGGUUGGGGUGGGGAGAGAAAGGAGCAGUGGCCUUGUGGGCUGUGUUGGGGGAAGCCAUGCCACUGCCUCUGCUCUGCCCAGGCUUCUGGGCUCUGUCUCACAAGUCUUGGCAAUGUCCAGUGACACCCUGGCUCUUCUCUGCAGCUGGGGCUUCACCGUGGUCCACGAGACAGAGAAGCAUGAGAAGCAGCAAUGGUACCUCUGCUGUGACACUCAGAUGGAACUCCGGGAGUGGUUUGCUACCUUCCUGUCUGUACAGCACGAUGGCCUGGUGUGGCCCUCAGAGCCCUCUCGAGUGUCCCGGGCAGUGCCCGAGGUCCGGAUGGGCAGUGUGUCACUGAUCCCUCUGCGUGGCAGUGAAAAUGAAAUGCGCCGGAGUGUGGCAGCCUUCACUGCUGACCCCCUUUCUCUCCUCCGUCAUGUCUGAGCAUAGGAGUUACUCUGGCUCUGGGAUGCCGUCAACUGCCACUAGGAAGCCUUCCUGUUCAGACACCCUCGUGGUCUGUGUGCUUGGUGUGAGCCAACGGAACACACGGGGAAGCCAUACCCACAUCCCACAUCCUGACGGCAGCACAGGCUCCUUGGCUGGGCAGGAACGGCAGUGGGAUUUUCCCGGGGCGGGGCCCUUCCCUGCUCUCCAGUCACACAAUGCUCCUGACCUGGCUUGCUUACCCAGGCUUACUCUCCUCCAGUUCGUGGGGUUGGAGAGAUGGCCAGAAAUCAGGAGCACAGCCAGAGAGGCUGGAGGACUUGGGGCCCCUCUGGGAGGGAGCCCACCCCCUUCCCAUAGGCUCCAGAGCAGCAAAAAGCUGGUAAUCUGAAAGAACUCCUAGGGAGUCUGAGAGGGAGCUGGUGGGAAGCUUUAUCGGCUGAAAGCUGGACCUGGGGUUGGUCAGCCCACUUCUGGUGUGUGCUGUCGGGAGGCCCAGGCUGUGGCUGUCUGCUACCCCUCCCCCACUUGGGAUACUUUUUGAUAAUAUAAAUAUAUCUGUAUAUUUUA